CGUUGGCCAGGUCGUAGUCGAAUUUCACCUGCAGACCGGGAACAAUGUUUAUAACCAGAAAGUGCACCAAGCAGGAUUAAAAAACCCCAACAUCCAAUCCCAAGAACUCAGAAUCCCAAAAAAAAAACCCACCAUGAGUCGAACCACAUCGCUGGGAAUGUGCGUUCUGUGCUGCCUGGUGGUGGCACUGAUCGUCGAGGCCCUCGAGUUUGACCAGCAGCAGUCGCCGAAACAUUCGCGACCUCCGGCAACGUCAGCCACCGUCAAAAAUGAUCCCAAAAUGCUUGAGUACGUUCCCGAGGGUAUCCCGGCGGACAUGGCACCACAGGACAGCGAGCAUCACCGACAGCACGACAAAAGAGACGCCAUGCCCCGCCGACCCUCGCUGGAGGACCUCCUGGCGCAGCAGUGGCCCGAACCACCAAACCUGCGAGGUCGCCGACUUCCGCUGUACGCCGAGGAACCGCGCUUCAUACUGUUGCGACAACCCACGCAGCAGCAGCAGCACCACUCCAGCCCGAGCUUCUCCUUUAUACCCCAGCGUGGCCGGAAGUCGGACCCUCUGCUGUCGACGCUGGCCAAGCGCGAGCUGUCCAUCAAGCAGAUGCUCGAAGGUGGUGAUUACUUCGUGCCAAAUCGUGGCAAAAAGGCGACUGGAGUUGGGAUAAGUAAGAAGGUCAAGUUUGACGAUAUUUUGGGCUCGGACGAGCUGUUUAUUCCGAACCGAGGCAAGAAGGAGUUGUUUGAACUGCUUGGAGGUGGGGGACGUGCGAUGAACGAGCUGCAGCCAUACUACUACAACAAGAAGAACGUCCUAACGGCCAUCCAGAACGUCGGUGGGAAGAACGACGGCACGGCCGAGGAGCUGUUCUACCCGACCCGGGGCAAGAAGGCCAACGUGCUGGACAACCUGGCCCAGAACGCGGACACGUUCUUCUCGUCGCGUGGCAAGCGAAUUCCGGUCGCCUGGAACCUGCUCAACCAGAACACGAACGGCAACGAUGACGACCCGUGGGAAUACCUGACGGCGGCCACAGCUGAUGAUAGCUCCAGCUACGAUGCCGACUUUGCGCUCGAUCGCUAUCAAACUAACAAGAUUAUCGCGUAGAGAUACUCGAAAUCGACAUGACGAGCCGCAAGCGACAGCAGCAGCCAAAGCCGCAACAACAACACAAGAAACGAACACAAAAUUAACGGGGGACUGACGUGUUUCAUGAAUUCAUUAACCAGCUUGUUGUAAAGAAAUUAGUUUUUUUCUCCACAGAUGAUGAUUAAAUAUUCAUAGACGAGAUAUUUCAGAGAUUGAAAUAAAAUCAAAAAAUGCAAAUGGA